CCAGUCAGUACAGAGUUCGCCUGCCUGUGUCACCAUGUUCAGCUAUUCAUGCGGCUAUUGUGUUUCUAACUAGAUCCCUUCUUUGGGAGGCAGAGGGAAGGCUGAUUGUGGAUUGCUGUGCCUGCGGCCUGAUUAAGGUGUCACGUGGAGAAGCUGCCUGCUAGGAGAUGACAGGAAAUCACACAAUCUGCGGCAUUAAGCUCUUCACACUUGGAUGCUCUUAACGAGAAUCUUUGGGGAGGAAUGAGAGCUCCGGCCUCUAACAAAUCAAUAAUGACGACUUCAGUGGAGGGGUCUGCCGCUAUUCGGCUUCUCCAGGCCAAUCAAAGGUGACUUUGAUUGUGAGGAAUGCGAAAAAAAAGACUUCACUUCCAUACUGCACACAGGAAUCAACUUAAAGCUGAGAAUGGUUCUUGCUGGAUGCAUUUUAAAAGAGGAGGUAAUGUAAUUUUCACGCGUAGAAACACAAAUGAAUUUAAACUGUGAACAGAUUUUUAUAAUCACCUUUAGACCUUGUUAAUUCAUUUAAGUCAACACACCAGAUGUUGGAAAUCUGUGUGGUGUUAUUUCCGAGUACACUGCUGUGGUGAGUAAUCAGUCACAUAUUUAUUAUUAUUAUUAUUGGUCAUUUUAUAACUGGCACCAGCAAAGUGACCCAACCAGAAGCAGACUGUGUUUAGACAGUAGAAGUAGAAACUGGAAGAGCAAACAUAACCAAAGACAAGAUGCUGCUGAGGAACUCUUCAGGAUCAGAGGAUGUGAUAGGAAACAGCAGUGACACUGAGCUCAGCAAAGUGGAGCAGAUCCUAGUCCCAGUAUUAGACACACUGAUUCUGGUGCUGGGGGUCGGGGGACAUACUAUUGUGAUUAUGAUCUUGUGUGGGAGGCAGAGGUCCAGGGUGGCACAGUCUCCUCGUAACUCCAUGACCGGCACAGGGACAGACAUCCUCCUGGUGGCUCUGAGUGCUGCGGACUUGCUUUUGCUCUGCAUGCUUCCCUUCCACACUGUUGCCAUCGCCAUGCAGCACUGGCCGUUUGGGGCCUUCAUGUGUCGUCUGGUGGGCUUCUUGGGAUCGGCCUGCUCCUCGGCCAGCGUCUUCACACUGGCCACGCUGGCUGUGUCACGCUAUCUGACUGUGGUGAAGCCUGCGAGAGCUUACUCCCUCCUCUCCCCUAACCGAGUGUCCUUAGCUGCUGUGCUCCUCUGGGUCCCUGCGUGCUGCCUGGCUGCCCCCCAGCUGGUUUUUCGCUCUGUGGGAAACCCGCAACGAACCCCUGAUGGACUUGCUUGUUUUGCUUUCCUAUCCCACCGAGACCAGCUGAUCUAUGGAUUAUUUCACUUCCUUGUGGCCUUCUUGCUUCCCCUGUUUACCAUCGCAGUAGCCUAUGGCAGCAUCUACAUUUUCCUGUGGAGGAGUCAGAACGCCGGAAGGGCCCCGCAAGUAGAGCGCUACCAGAGCAAAGUCACCCAGACGUCAGCAAUGCUGGUGCUGGCUUUCACCCUGUGCUGGCUGCCAUCCUAUGGCCUGAUGCUGGCCUUACUGGUGGAUAACAGCUCAGGGGCCACAGGUGCCUCACCACGUUACGGCGCCUUCACUGUGUUUUCACGCCUCAUGGCGAGCUCCUCGACAGUAAUGAACCCUAUCCUCUAUGUGCUCAUGUCGCAAAAGUUCAGACAAGACCUACUGAGGCUGUUCAAGAGGGGAGGACAAGAUGCAAAUGGGGCUGUGGCUAUGGCUGCUGCCUAACAGCGUCACCGUCAGCCGCUAAAUAAGUUAUAAAGAGAAACACUAAGGACUGUGAACUACAAUAAAAACAUUAUUAUUUUAUAAACAUUAUUUGCUGAAGUGCACGCAACAAAAGCUCUUGAAAACAUUCAUUGUUAGAUGUUGUGCAAGAUCAAACCACUUGUCUAGGGAGGAGCGGCUCUACAGGAACAGUGAGACAAUGCUGAAUCACACAAUCCUUGUAAAACAGAUUGAAGUAAAGACACUUUGGUGAAACAUU